UAAUAGCAAUGAGAAAGGCGUAGGACUAUAUUUUGCGGAGUUCGGAGAAACUAAUCUGGACAACUAUUAAUAUAUUUAAAUAUUGCGUUAACUAAAUAUUUAAAUAACCAAUUCCACGAACCAACCCACCCUACCGAAGUUGCAACACCACACACUCACGAGUCACCAGGGCAUUGCUGGCGCGUGCAUCGCAUGGGGGAUUACAAGUGAACUGGAUACUUGGUGGAGGGGAAUGCAUGCAUGCUGGUGUCUGAACGAUGACGAGCGCGAGCACGAAUGUAGUCGCUGGUCCUGAACAAGCUCGAGCUCAUGGGGAGCGGCUGCUGAGGGAGGUGAGGGAGGAGAAUCUGGCGGAGCUCCUCCACACCCUCCACCACCUGCACUCCCCACCGCCAACAUCUCCCCACUACACACCACUGGGCAUAAAACCCCUCGAUGACAUCCUCCGCAGCUUCCACCCCAAACCAUAUACAUCUGGAGCAACAUAUACACCCCGCCAGCCCGUCCUCGAAAUCACCUCCCCGGCCUCCGCAGACGGCAAAACUCAUUUACUGUACUACAUCACCGCCCUCGCCGUUCUACCAUGUACCUACCAGAACAUCGCGCUACGGGGACGUAGUAGUGCUGUCGUAUUUCUCGACACAGAUUGUCGGUUUGAUGCUGCGAGAUUGCGCGAAGUUGCGAGGGGGAUUGUACUAGAGAGUGCGGUGGAGCAGGGGAUAUCGUUUCCCGGAGCUGGACACAAUUACGGAGGUGGAGGAAAAGAAGGUGACGAUGAAGGGAUGAAUACAAUGCUCCACACCGCCCUCUCUCAUGUCCAUGUCUUUCGCCCACAGUCCUCUGCGUCUCUCUUGGCUACGAUACAGAGUAUAGAAAGCUAUCUUCUGCGUGGCAUGGGCACGACAUAUACAGAGGGGGAGCAUAAACAUGCAUCACAUUCCCGCCCGCUCCACGCCAUCCUGCUCGAUAGCGCAAGCGCGUUUUACUGGCAGGAUAGACGUGAGAUGGAGGUCCUUAACAUCCAUGGCGUUCGCGAGGAGAGGGCACGGCGGGCCCGGGACCAGAAUGAGAAUCAGAACCACAAUGAUACGGAUACAAACUCAACUACACAUACACCCACGGCCCAAUCCCAGCUCCCACAUCAGAUCAUCCAUGCACUCCGCGCCCUGCAACAAACCUUCUCCUGUCCGCUCGUUUUCACGACGUGGGGGUUACUGCGAGCUACCCAGUCCACUCACCACAGCAACAAUACGUCUCAUGCCCUCCAUGCGCAGACCACUACACGUACCCCGCUCUAUAAAUCUCACCGCCCAUCCUUCCGUCCGCACCUGCCCAGGCCAUGGCCCUCGUUCCCGACGUGUAGAGUCGUUGUGCAGCGCGAAGUUGUCCGGCCGUUUGCCCCGUUUUUAACGAUGGAGGAGAUCAAGGGAGAGGCGCGAGAGAGGCAAGAUGCUGUGAGGAGAGGGGGAGUGGUGGGGUGGGUGGAUGGGCAUGGGUUGACUUGGGACAGGGAGAGAAACGCAAUGGCGGAGAGGUUGUUUGGUUUUUCACAUACGGGAGGGGGAGGCGUUAGGUGGAUUGAUGAGGAUGGAGAUGGGGAGGGAUAGAACGAGGUGUACUAAAUAACCGGUUAUGUUAUGUAUAUAUGAACUAUGAACUAUAUGGCUAUGAAAAGGCCCUCUACGUCUAUACUGUCUAUGUGCAUAUACUACUAGUAGUAUGUACACAACAUCUACAUCUCACUCCUCCUUAUCCCCGCCCAUAAACAACUCCCCAAUCCUCUCCACAGUCGUAUUACCCCCUGAAAACACAACUCCAACAUCCCACCCCUCCUUCCCCUCCCGCGCACACUCCUCAACCACCAUCCUCCGAAAACCUUCAUCAAACAAACAAACCGCCAACCCCACCACCGCCGACGGCUCCACAACAACCUUCACCCUCUCCAGCACAAGCCGCAUCGCAGCCAGAAUCUGCCCCUCACUCACCGCAUACACACCCCUCACCUUCUCCUUGUCAGAGACAACACUCCACCCCACCUCCCCCACCGGCGUCCGCAGCCCAUCCGCAAUCGUCAGCGUCUUCACGCUCGUAACUCGCUCCCCCGCCGCCAGCCCGCGCCGGCAGUCGUCGCCACCCUGGAACGACGGCUCCGCCCCAAACACGAGCGUCUUGGGCGUCCGCGUCGAGUAAUACGUCGCCACGCCGGAGGUCAAGCCCGCGCCGCCGAGGGGCGUGAUCACCGCGUCGAGCACGCCGGGCCUGCCCCUCCCGCCUUCUCCUCCUCCUCCUCCUCCUCCUCCUCCUCCUCUCUCUUUAGGAUGCACACUCAACCCCGCAUCCGUGUCUACGAGCUCCCGCACCUGCUUCUCCAGCUCGACGGCGACCGUGCCCUGGCCCAAGACGACGUCGGCGUGGUCGUAGGGCGGGAUGAGGAUGGCGCCCGUCUCGGCGAUGACGGUGGCGACGACGGCUUCGCGCUCCUGGCUGGUGGAGCCGGAGAAUAUCACUUUGGCGCCGUGGGAGCGCGUGCCGGCGAUUUUGGACGGGGUGGAGAUCGAGGGCAUGACGAUGUAGGCGGGGAUGGAGAGGGUGGAGGCCGCGAGGGCGAGGGCUUGCGCGUGGUUUCCUGAGUGGAUACAAUUGGUUUAGUUUGGGG